GAACUGUCAACUGUCAGUUGAUUAAAUUUCAUGUGUGCAGAUUCUAUAAUUAAUGGGUGAAAAACGAUACAAUUUGAGACUAAACUCUAAAAACUGAGAAUCGGUACAUAUCAUAAUGAAUUUAAUUUACUUCUUUAUGGGAAAUUGUUCAUAAAAUCAAUUCUAACCUAUAAAUGAAGUGCAAGUUUAUUCCCUUCGGUUCAAGAAGGUUCAAUAAAUAUUUCGAAUAAUGUUAAUAGUUUUGUGAAAUUAUUUUAUUUUACCGAAGAUAUAUAGAAAAUGUUUCAAAGUUAUCGGCUGAUAUGAAAGAUUUAUGACAGAUUAAAUAAAAAUGGCUGAGAAUGGAUCGGUGGACAUUGGAUCUCUUGAAAAUUUAACAGCAGAAGCAAUUAAUUUGGAAAUUGAAGAGCUCGAUGAUGCAGAAUACUCAAUACCAGUUGUGGAGGAAUUACCCUCCUUAGAAAGUAUUUUAACAGAGCCAGAUUGUGGUUCACUUUCGGGAACAGACGAUGAUAUUGGUGCAGCAUCUAUUGAUAAAUUGGGAGGAAGUGAAACGGCGAGUGUUGGAAGUCUAUUGUCGUUAAAUUCGCUCAGUAAGCAAAGAACGACGCAAACACCGGCUUCAGGAGCAAUAUUGAGACACGUGAUUCUCAAAGGGAUUUGUGCUCAAAUUACGUCUGCUUCCGAAAGAAUAAAUGCCGGUUUGGCGAGUGCAGUGGCAGCUGGGGGAAAUAUGCUGGUUAUUGGAACGAGUCACGGUCUUGUUUUGGGUUUCGAUUCAACGCAAACUUUAAGAUGGUGCGAUCAAGAGGCAAGACAUCAGGGAUCAGUUUCUGCUUUGGGUUUCAAUCAUGACGGUAGUCGAUUGUUGGCUGGUUUCGCGAGGGGAUAUAUUCUCAUGAUCGACAGUAGUAAUGGCAAAGUUUUGCGAACACUUACCGACGUUCAUCCACCAGGAACUGCCGUAUUGCAUGUUAAAUUCACAGAUUCUCCGAAAUUGGCACUUUGCAGUGACAGUGGUGGUUCGGUGUUUGAAUUAAAUUUCACGAGAGUUAUGGGUGUGCGAGGAUGUGACAGUAAACUAUUGUUUAGCGGAGCACGAGGAGAAGUUUGUACAUUUGAACCUUUACUUCUCAACGAUUUGCCAACGCACCCACUGAAGAAUUAUACACUCGUUGCAAUGGCUACUUUAUCAAAGGUGAUAGUCGUUUGCAUAAGACCAAGAAUGAGAAUUGUCCUCUGCCAAGCUUUAACCGGUCCCGCCUUUGCGCCUCCACAAGUUUCUUGGCAAUUAGUCGUUAUUCAAGCUGCAAAUGCGAGUCGAGUUAUCGAUCCAGUUUUGGCUCUGGGUCGAGAUUCGGUCGUUAAUUUUUAUCAGGUGUGUACAGAAUGUGAGACGAAUUUGUACAGAAUAAAAUUGACACCACUUCGUAAAGUUGUACUUCCGUAUACAAUGAGUAAUCUUCGAUGGCUCAAUGCAAGAUCUCUGAUAAUAUUAGAUAUUCAAGAAAGACUGCAUUUAUUGGAUGUGAGAACGCAGGAUAAUUUAGAAACUCUAGACGUCAGUUGUGUUGGUAUUUCGUAUGCGUCAAGUCACUUUAAGGGUUUAACGACCGGAGGGAAUGUUUCCAAGGCAAUGUCGAUGGCUGGUGAGCGAGCCUGUUACAACACGGUUGUCACUUUUGGCAGUCAACUUCUUCUUUUAGGAACAAAAAGUCUUCACGCUGUGUGCAUACGAACCUGGAUGGAAAGAUUGCGCCAUUUAACUUUACAGAGGCGCUUUCCAGAAGCAUUGGCACUGGGACUCUCGUUCUAUCAAGAUAAAGGAAAAGCUGUCGUUGGUUUACGUGGUUCGAAGCAGCGUCGUAAACAAAUAGCGAGAGAUAAAGUUUGUCAGGUUCUUAUUCAAUAUAUGGACGAAUUGAAUAAUUUACUGGCCAGCGAUGUCACUGGUUCGGAAAUUGUUUCCACAUGCGUCGAUUAUUGUGUUCAACUCGAAAAUACCGAAUUGCUCUUUGGACAUUUAUGGGAUCUUGUUUCGGAGUCGGAAAAUCUUCAAGCAACCUAUCUUCGUGCUUUGGAAUCGCCUUUGCUUGAAGGAAGUAUGCCACCAACGCUUCCACCUUUUAUUGCCCAACAUUUUGUCACACUCUAUGAACAGGAAAAUCGAUUGAAUUCUCUUCAGUCGGUGGUCAUUUUACUCAAGGUCGAUUGUCUCGAUAUCCAUCAAGUAACAACAGUUUGUCGUAAUAGAUUUCUAUGGGAAGCUUUGAUACAUUUACAAACAACAGCCCUCGGCGAUUUUACAGCUCCAAUUCAUCAGCUCGUGCCCGUUCUCCAAAAUCAGCUCACCAAUGAAAAAGAAUCACAAUCACGUGAAUGUAUCACACUCGGUAAUGCGCUUCUAGUUUAUUGCAGUUGUUGCCUAGCGGGUCGUGAUUUUCCCAAAGGCGAAUUACCCGACGAUUUGCCGAAACGUGUGAAAGCCGAUGUUCUACGUGCCCUACUCUCACAACAUUCAAGUCUCGCCAAUGAUUCCGAACGACAAUAUCCGUAUUUAAGAACAUUUUUGAAAUUUGACGUCAAAGGAUUUCUCGACGUUAUUGCAAUGGCUUUUCAAGAACCCGAAUUCACCACCGAAAUGGGAUUGAGACAAAGACAGAGAAUUGUCGAUAUUUUAUUAAGUAUUGUGAUGCCAACUACACCGCUAAGUGCAAAUAAUCCUGAUUAUUUAAUGGACGAGCAAAGAGUUAUUGUUCUUAUUUUUAUUAUUAAUGAAGUUGCGGAGAAUAUGGUGAGUCUUGAGGGAAGUGUUUUGAAUCGAAUUGUGGAAAUUCUGGCCAGUGGUUCGGAGCAAAUUAGUUUGAGGGAUCAUCGUUAUGAGAAGGAGAAUGCUAUUCUUCAGUUGAUACAUUCCAGAAAAUUGACGAAUAUGUCGGAUAACACUCUGUUACAUUUGUCGCAGAGAGCAAACUUUUUACGAAUUUCUGAAUUGCUUUACACUGACAGAGAAGAAUGGUCAUCGGUGAUACGAUGCCUAAUUGCAGAUCCGUCCCGACAUCAUGAUAUUUGGACUCGUUUACAAUCACUGCCAGUGACGAUUCUUUAUAGUAUUUUAAUAACGCACGUUACAUCGCUUGUUGAAAUCGAUGCGAGUCAAUUGGCUAUUAUAAUAUCAAAUCGUGUUCCAACUAAGUUGAACAAAAUUCUCGAUAAACUUGAGAGCAAUUCGUUGCUGCAGUAUUCACUAUUAGCAGCUCUUUUUCAAUUGGUGCAAUAUAAAGAGGAGGAGAGUAAACUUGAAUUGUCAGCUGAAAUUUUAGAAAAAUAUCUAGCCUUAAUGUGUCAAGUUGAACCGGAAUAUGUUACUAGUCAUCUGCAGGGAUCUCACGGUUGUCGAUUGGACGAGGCUCUGAAAAUAGUACAAACGAUGAAUCACAAAGAUGCCGAAGCUAUAAUGUUGGAGAAACUCGGAAAUUAUGAGGAGGCUUUUAAUUUACUGUUAAAAAGACUGGAAGAAAGUUUAUCUCUGUGUUAUCAAACAAAUGUUUCUGAUUUUAAUGCUGUUCAAGUAACAACACAAUUGGCUGCCUUGUGCCGAAGAUCGGCGGGAACUCUCGAUUGGAUGCCUCUUGUUGAAACUGUUCUUCAUCAACAUUCCGAUAAUAACGUUCAAAUAGCUGAGAUUUUAAGGGGAAAAUUGUUAAAAAUUGUCCUGGAAUCUUUGAGCGGUACGACAGCUUUGUCGACAGUUUUGGAGCAAAUUUUGAAACAUCCUCUAGCCACCAGUGGAACAAUCGGUGAUAUUAGACAAUUACUAACUAGCGUUCUGACGCAUUCGAGAUACGAGCAAACUUUAGUGGAAACCACUUCGAGACUCGUCAGUCUGGAAAUUCAUGAAGCCCUUAAAGAAACUCUAAGGGACAGUGGAAAGGGUUGCUCGAGUGAUUCGCUAAUUUGUCCCAUAUGCAGACAAAAAUUCGCCAAUUGUACAGAAUAUGUGGUAAUUUUUGGAUGCGGUCAUGGCUAUCACGUUGAAUGCUUAUCGGAAUCAAAAGUCUGCUAUAAAUGUUUAAAUACAAAAGGCUGGACCCAUAAACCACUGAAUUUCACAAUACCAACGCAUCGACCACCGGAAAGACGUCAAUUACAGCCUCCUAAAUUUAUGCAAAACAAGGACACAUCCUUGAGAUUAGCGCCACCAGUUCCUUGGCCGGAUCUGGAAGGCAUUUUUUAAUCUAGUCCCACAAUUUAAAAAAAAAAGAACUGUUCAUUAUUUUACGAGAAAAUGAAGAUUUAAUUAAGAAUUUCAAAAAGCUUAUAAAUGUAUAUUAAGUAUACAUGGAAAGCAUUAAUAGUCUAGAAAUAUUUAUUUUUAAUUUCUAUCAGAAUAUAUAUUAUUAUAUAUAUAUAUAUUAUAAAAAGAAAAAUAUUUUAUCAAGACAGGAGUAAAUAUUGUGAAAGAAUAUUUAGAAAGAAAUAUUUUCCUCUGCCUUUCAGAAAUUUAUAUCAAUAUAAGAGAUAUUUAUCGUCAGUGGAUUUAUUUACAAUCAAUAAUUAUACGAUACAAUAAUAAUAAUAAUAAUAAUAAUAAUGUCCCACAGUUAUUCUUUAAUGUUAACAAAAAAAAAUAGUGAAAUAUCAAAGAAAAUCAAUAUUAUAUUAUUCACUGUUUCUUCAAAAUGUUAAUUUCCUCCUGUUUGAUUCUCAAGACUCUUGAAUC